AUGGCGGCGAAUAUUGCAGUAUGCCACUGUCACCGUCUGGGUUUGACUUCUUGUUACACCGUGAAACAGGUUGGGAGCAUUGUUGAGGUUAAGCACAGGCUUCUCUGCACCAAGCUUGAACUGAUAGCAGCAAAAAUGGAAGCUGAUGCUAAGAUAAAGAAAUAUGAGGAAACAGUUAAACACUUGUACAAGUUGUUGAAGAAAGUUUGCCAAGAAAGAGAUGAAGCAAGAGACCAGCUUCAAUUGCUGAUAAGGAAUUUACAGGCAUCUACCCCAGUUGAGACAACAAGAAUUAUUCCACAAGUUGAUCAAUCAUACCUCCAAAGCGAAACAAAGCCAUCAAUGAAGAGCACCAAGGUAUCAUCUUCAAGUUCCAAAGUCUUCUCAGAUCAUUCGUGUGAUUUAUCCUUGUCAAAUCUCCAGUCAAAUGAUAAACAUUCCUCCAUGAGCUUAUUGUCUGAAACAAGAAUAGUUGAACCAAGCAACUUGACCUUAUCAAAUCACAUCAAAACAGACAAGGGUGUUUCAAGCGCUAGUAUGAUUGAUAGUGAUUCUCGAGUGAUUGAUAAACUAGUUUGUGGGAAACCCUUACCUCAAAAAGGUAGAUUGUUGCAAAGUGUAACAGAAGCUGGACCUUUGCUUCACACACUUCUAGUUGCUCCAGUUCCACAUUGGAAAAAUCCUCCAAUUUUGUCUUCCCUUGCCCUUCCUCAUGGGACCCAACAAGACAAUAGCUUUUCUACCAACGCAGAUGAUAAGGAAGGUGUUAAUCCAAAUCGAUUCAUUCCAACUUCUUUAAGUUUGGCUUUUCCAGUUCAUUCUCCGGGACCUUCUGCAUCCAAUUUUGGGUUAUCUGUGAAGAAUGAACUCGUGUCAUGUGUGGAUAUGGAGUCCAAUAUGAUGCACAAUCAUGGCGUAACUGGAAAAAAGAGAAAGCUUUUCUGA